CCGUGAUUUCGUUGAGUGAGGGUGUGUGAAUAAUUUAUUUUUGUGAUUUGAAAUUAAACACCGGUGACAGUGCAAUAAGUUUUAGUUUAUAAUUAGACUGUAAGAAUCGGUGAUGAAAUCAACAAAUAUGGAUUGCUCAGACCGACUUAGUCCAGCCAGUGACAUGACUAGCGAGUCAGAAACGUCACUUCCGCCAUUCCCAUAUGAGAAUCAAAAUACCAACUUCUAUCAACCGGAUACACAGGAAAAACAAUAUUUUUCCUGCAAAGAGAAGUCACCCACCGAGAGAAGCAAAGACGUUUACCUACAAGAGAGCAACAAGAAUUUCGAUUACCUAACCCCGCCGCGGAGCAAAAAAUAUUUGAAUUUCGAACUUAAAUUGCCGCCAAUAAAUGAUAACUUCUUUCAAAUUGAAACCGAGGAACGAAUGCGUUCAUAUUUCAACGAAACACAGAAAUGCGUUCAAAACGAAAAUAAUUUGGCCGGAAUAGAAAUUGAGAUAAAUAAUCAAAAUUUUGAAAACGUACCAAGUGAUGGGAGAUUGUCUUAUUUCGACAGUGGUGCAAUGAGGCGAGUAAAUUUCAAUUCCGAGCAAGUGCAAUGUAUGUGUGAGGCGCUACAGCAAAAAGGCGAUAUAGAAAAGUUAGCUGCAUUUUUAUGGAGUUUGCCCGAAAGCCAGCUUGUCUGCGGAAAUGAGACUGUUUUGCGGGCCCGCGCUUUGGUAGCAUACCAUAGAGGCGUAUAUCAAGAGUUGUACGCCAUCUUGGAAACACACACAUUCCCGCCAAAACAUCAUUCAAUGCUGCAGACUCUGUGGUACAAGGCCCAUUAUAAAGAGGCAGAAAAGGUUCGCGGGCGGGCUUUAGGUGCUGUAGACAAAUAUAGAUUAAGAAAAAAGUAUCCGCUACCAAAGACAAUAUGGGAUGGAGAGGAGACAGUCUAUUGUUUCAAAGAGAAAAGUAGAAACGCUUUGAAAGAUUGUUAUUAUAGAAAUAGAUAUCCCACACCCGACGAGAAACGCGCACUAGCACAAAAGACAGGUCUGACAUUGACACAAGUGUCGAAUUGGUUCAAAAACCGGCGGCAAAGAGAUAGAACCCCUCAGCAACCGAAUAGACCAGAAAUUUUGGUGCCAGCACAGCAAGGCGGUUGGGCGCAGUCAUUCCUACCUAACGCCUAUUACCAUAAAAUACAGGAUACUACACAUUAUUUACACGGCAAUACGCCAUAGAAUAUGUUUUAACUUUAAUAGUUCCAAAAGUUGGGUUACUCUGAUAAACCGAUUUAAAUUACUGGAACGGUCUUGAGUGGUUACAUUAUUAUAAUGAAAUAUUAAGAUUUACAAUAUGCGAUGCGGUGAAACUGUUAAAUUGUAAUUAACGUACCAAAACUCAAUAUUGUAAUAUGGUUACAGAUUCCAUUAAUUCAAAUCCAACAAAUGCCAAGUUUCGAAAAAAACACAUAAAAAUAAAAGAAAAUCAUAGCUUUAACCCUUUCCGUUGAUUAAUUAGUAAUAUUACGAAUAUUCCUAUAUUGAGAAUAUAGACAAGACUCACAGGUUUUAAUGAUUAAGUUCUCUCAACAUCCGUAGCGCUGAUGCCGUAACCUUGGCAACGCGCGGAACAAAAAUUCAAGAUUGAAGUCGGGAUCGCAAUUGCUCCAAUAGUAUGUAUAAAAAGUGUAGUAGUAUAAAAGUGUAAUAUGUAUAUAUUUCCUACACAUAUAUACGGGGUAAACACCCCGUGCAUUAAUAUGAGUAUUUUGUAAAAGUUGCUGUAAAUAAAAUGCUAUGAAUUUGAUAUAAAUUUGUAAUAAUAAUUCGAUGUUCGUGUGGUCCACCACAGAUCAUAAACGUACUGGUUGAACAGACCAAAAGCAUAGACUAUUAUUAAAUACUUAGAAACAAUGUAUAGUAAGAAAUUUGUUUUGUUCCUAUUAAAGUUAUUAAAAUGCCUAUUAUUAUAAUUUAGACAAUAAGAAAUGGUUUACCUAAUUUAUUAGUUAUAACAACUAUUUUUAUUUCGUAGAAUACUUAAUUAUUCUCUCGCUGUAAAUUGCAUUAUCAGUAUUAUGAACAAUAUUAUAUAUAUCCUCUAGGUAUA